UGUUGUUAGUGUAGUGGUCGAGUGUCGGAUGAUGGUCGGUUCAGGUCAUAAAAAUCCAUGUUUUGUUUAAGAAAUGUGCAUACUUUGAAUAAAAAGUGAUUUUUAAUAAGUGAUAGUGAAAAAUAAUGCAUUUUAAGUUCAUGUAGACAUGUUUCGGUGUAUACCAAUUUUUAAAGGUUGCAACAGACAAGUUGAAUAUGUAGAUAAGAGACAUUGCUCUUUAAUAAAUGUUCCAGAGGAUAUUUUGAGGUACUCUAGGAGCCUAGAAGAGCUCCUACUAGAUGCCAAUAGAAUACAAGUUCUUCCAAAGAAUUUCUUUCGCUUGCAUCGCCUGAGAAAACUUGGAUUAAGUGACAAUGAAAUUAACAAUUUACCAUCAGAUAUUCAAAACUUUGAACAUCUCGUCGAGCUUGAUGUUUCCAGAAAUGCCUCGUCUUCCGCCUGCAUUCAGUCAACUCAAGUCCCUCACGGUUCUGGGGCUUAACGAUAUGUCACUUACAACACUACCACACGAUUUUGGGCAGCUUACUUCGCUUACAUCGCUCGAACUUAGGGAAAAUCUACUGAAGGAGCUGCCUUCGUCGGUGUCAAAGCUUUCUAACCUGGAACGACUAGAUUUGGGAGAUAACGACAUCGAUGAAUUGCCCUCCCACAUUGGCAAACUCUCCGCUUUACAAGAGCUAUGGUUGGACCACAAUCAACUACAAAGCCUGCCUCCGGAAAUAGGGCAGCUUAGUAAUCUGACGUGUUUAGAUCUGUCUGAAAACCGAUUAGAAAAUCUGCCAGAAGACAUUGCUGGUUUAGAAAGCCUAACAGACCUUCACCUAUCUCAAAACGUGCUGGAAAUACUCCCAGACGGUAUCGGUAAACUAGAAAAGCUGACUAUCCUCAAAGUGGACCAAAACAGACUGACUUCUUUGAACGCCAACAUAGGACACUGUCAUAACCUCCAAGAGCUGAUACUUACAGAAAAUUUUUUGAGCGAACUACCAGUAGAAGUUGGCAAAUUAGUAAAACUUACAAAUUUAAAUGUAGAUAGGAAUAGUCUAAGUUCGAUUCCGUCGGAGUUAGGGAACUUGUGCGAAUUGGGAGUACUAAGUUUGAGAGACAACAGACUGACAAUGCUACCAGAUACAUUGGGAAAUUGCAGGAGGUUGCACGUUCUUGAUGUUUCAGGAAAUAGGCUUCCUUAUUUGCCAUAUACUAUAUUGCAAUUGAGUCUAAAGGCUGUUUGGUUAAGCGAUAACCAAGCUCAGCCGCUACUGACCUUUCAAACUGAUACGGACCCUGAUUCAGGAAAGACGGUGCUCACUUGUUUCCUUUUGCCGCAACAGGAAUACCAGCCUACAAUAGCUUCUGAUGGCCGCUUGUAUCGCUGUGACGUCACGCCAGGUCUUUCUAAUGGUAGUACCUUGUCUCGAACAGAUGGAGCAACCGAAGACGAUGAUGACGAAGAUUGGCUGGAGCAUGAAGCUAGCCGGACGCAUUCGGUCAAGUUCACCGAUCCCCAAGAACAGGACAACAGAGAGACUCCGUUUGUUCGUCAAAAUACUCCUCAUCCCAGAGAACUAAAGGCGAAGGCCCACAAACUGUUUGGAAGAGGGCAAAAUUCACUGGAAGAAAGUGAACAACAUUCAAACGACACCUCCAUCCCAAUCGUCGAAGCGGUGAAUCAACAUGUCAGACAAGCAAGUGAUACUCCACAGGUAGCAGAACUUGAAUCUGAAGCAGUUUCGAGCAAUGGUCUUGUAGCUGAAAAUAGCGAUAUUAGUCAAGACGACGACACUGACGAGGCUGAACAAGUUACGAGGCGUGUGGAAUUCAGGAGCGGUGUCUCGGCAGCUUCGGAGUUAUCAAAGUCGAACCGAUUGCACAGGCGUGACACUCCUCACCAUCUCAAGAAUAAACGAAUCUUAGCCGGGGCCAUCGACAAAGACAAAAUGGCGUCGAUUAUUGCACAGGCCCUGAAAAGAAAAGAGGAAGAAAGUGAUAAAACCAGCGUAUCUUCACCGCCCGAGUCAGCAGGGGAACAAAGCUGCUCCUCCAGUCAAGCAGGAGACUCUGACGCAGCUGUGGAACUCCGAGAAGAGAAGUACGAAAUUCAUAUUGAACGUUCUCAAAGCGGAUUGGGCCUUUCUAUAGCGGGCGGCCACGGAUCAACUCCCUUCAAAGGCGAUGACGAAGGGAUAUUCAUAUCUCGAAUCACUGAGAACGGCCCCGCGGAUCUAGCCGGUCUCAAAGUCGGCGAUAAAGUAAUCACAGUUAAUGGCGUAAACGUUACUUCUGUGAGUCACUACGACGCAGUAGAAGUGUUGAAGGCUUCAGGCGCCGUGUUGAUCCUUGAGGUUACACGAGAAGUCACCAGACUAGUUCGCCCUCCGAAUAAUGUAAUACCGAAAACCGCCUCGGUAGUGAAUUGUAUCAACAGAAGUGAAUCUCCGGCCAAUACCUCCAUCAAGCAUAUCACUCCUCCACCGUUACCCCCUCCGUUAGAGGACGACAUCGCUUUCCAGAAAGUCCUAAUCCACACUACGUUGAUUAGGGACUCUAGAGGACUGGGUUUCAGUAUUGCUGGAGGAAAAGGGUCGCAACCGUUUAAGGCCGAUUCUGAUGCAAUUUAUAUUUCUCGAAUCACUGAUGGAGGAGUUGCAGAUAAGGAUGGCAAACUUGCCGUCGGCGACAGAGUAGUGUCUAUAAACGGUGUUGAUCUCACAGGAGUUCUUCAUGAACAAGCUGUGAGUAUGCUUACUGGGUUAGAGAGAUUCGUCAGGUUGACUGUUGAAAGGGAAAUGCCUGUGGAGAAAAUCGACGCUAGUCCUAAUCCCAGUCCGGGUCCUCAACAGUCACCAAGACUAUUUGGGUUACCGAAGCCCUACACGGGAUUGUAUGCAGCCAACAGCUAUAUAGCCAAUCGACCCGGAUAUAGUGGAUAUAGAAGAUCGAUGGAAAUCGACAAGAAGGUAUCAGAAUCACCUGAACCAGUCAAAUCCGAAAUUCAACAAAGUCUACAGGAUACUCCAAAAACUAACGGCAUCAUCGACCAGGGUUCUCUGAAGGAUGUACCUAAGCCAGCCCCUCGACGUUUGAAUUCAAUCGCUGGUGAACCGACACCGAAUCCUGCCCAGGCCACUAACAUGAUGCCACCGACCAGUAACCAACCCAAUAUGUCAGACUAUGAGCAAAACAACCAUACAAAAGCAUCAUCCAAUUCAUCACUGGAUGACGACGCACAGGUACUAGCGAGGCCAAUCACCAACGAAGAGUUCCAGGCGAUGAUCCCUCCCCAUUUCCUGAAAAAAACUGCAGCUCAGCAAACUGCUACCACCACCUCUCCUCCAAAGCGCCCCCAUUCCUCCACUAACACCUCUGAUAAAAAUGAAAGUGUCGCGAAUUCGGUUACUACCGUUACUAUUAAGAAGCCCGAUCCUAUCGAACUCCCCCCUUCACCGACAGGUCCGGGCAGAGUAACUGAAACCAUCACCAAGAGCACCUUUACAGAAACUGUAGUGACUAGGAUAACGGACAAUAAGUUGGUAGAGCCCCUGAUAAUAGAGGAUGUGGCAUUGAGUAAGCUGGGAGGAUCUCUAGGUUUCAGUAUUAUUGGAGGAACAGAUCAUUCCAGUAUUCCAUUUGGAGCAAAAGAACCAGGGAUUUUUAUAUCACAUAUGGUUCCUGGUGGCACCGCCGCUAAAUGUGGGAAGCUUAGGGUAGGCGACAGAAUAUUGAAGGUCAAUGGAACUGACGUCACUCAAGCAACUCAUCAAGAAGCUGUCAUGGAAUUACUGAGGCCUGGUGACCUAAUUACACUUACCAUAAGGCACGAUCCUCUACCGGAAGGAUAUCAGGAGCUCAUGAUUGAAAAGGGUGAUUCAGAGAAAUUGGGAAUGCACAUAAAGGGUGGCCUACAGGGCCAAAGGGGAAACCCGCUAGAUAGAUCUGACGAAGGAGUAUUCAUUUCUAAAAUCAAUUCGGUUGGUGCGGCUCGGAGAGAUGGAAGAUUAAAAGCUGGAAUGAGGCUCUUGGAAGUAAAUGGAAAAUCACUUCUCGGAGCUACUCAUCAAGAGGCAGUAAACGCUCUGCGAUCCUGUGGAAACAUUAUCCAUAUGGUAGUGUGCAAGGGCUAUGAUAGAAGUGACGUGGACAGGGCUGUUCAGGAAGGUCGUUUGGCAAGAGGGGGAUCAACAAUUAGCAGUAGAUCUCAGAGUGUCAGUUCAUUAGAUGUCAACGAGGAGGAUAGUCAUCAGUUGGAAAAAGAGGAUUCUGAAAAAAGGUUGCAACCCAUUUGCCAAUCAGAGGAGGAAGAAUUUUCAAUCGUUGAAGCGAAACCACCAUCACCUGCUGAUAAGGUGCUGGAUGCCGUUAGAGCAGUAGAAACAUUGGCCCAAGGUCCCUCAGAAAAUUAUUUUCCACCAAAGUCUCCAACUGGUGAACUCAAAACUACCACUAUAGUGAUGAGCAAACAUACCUUAGCUCCUCAACCAAGCACGGAAACUUUAGUGCAUGCCGCAACACUACCAAAAACUGAAAAACCUAACUUCGAAGUGGAUUCAGGAACUUUACAACAUAGAAUCGAAACCCAAGACACGAAUGUGUUACAUGACUCUCAUAUUAACAAAACUCCAGUGUCCAUUCCUAUUAAUUCUCACGAGGAACAUUCACAGAAUAGUGAUGAAAAUAUCUGGCAUCAUAUCAUUCCACCACCUCUAGUGUAUUUAGAAACACUGGCAAAAUCAGCUGUUACAAAUACGUUCGAAAUACAAAAUUCUAAUCUCACUACUGUCACCAAUAUAACAUCCAACUAUUACGAUGAUCAUAACAUUCCCACAAAUUUAGCAGUAUCAAUUCAAUCACCUGCUACAGCAAAUAAUGUUCUGAUGAACAGAUAUUCUGUAACGUCUGUCCCCCAGUCACAAGUUGAAAUCCACGUUUAUAAUAAUUCAUCCCAGAGUAAAUCUCGUGAAAACCUUUUUAGUAGUAACAACUUUUCCACUCUAGUAGUUCCUCCUCCAAUGUCAAACAACUCAUCAACAUCCUUUAAUUCAGUUCUUCUAGAGGACUCGGAUAUUUUAGGUGUACCACCCCCUCCUCCAUUGGCAUUCGAGGAUAAUCCUGUAGAAAAUGUUCCUUCACUUCCUCCUCCACCGUUACCAAAAACUCCGCCUCCCCAUUUGGAAGAGAUAGUGGAUGAAAUCGAACCCACAUUUCUACAGUCCUCACAAAUUGAUAGCUUGCAUGGAAUUCCAGUCAUUGGCAUGUCGAGGGAGGGGAAGGAGUUAUUCCGUUCUUCAAAUUUGCUAGAUAUUCCGAAUAAGAAUAGUUCGCUCAUGACACCCUCUUAUAUAGUCCCAGGAAUGACAAAAGCAAGAGAAACUUCAGACAAUUCUUCUUUCUCUCAAACAUUUCCUGUAUAUUCUACUAGCCAUGCUAGCCAUGUUUCAGAAAAUCCACCUUUCUCCCCUACUCGACUUGAGAUCAGGCGUCCACAAUUACCUCCACCCCCUGUUCCUGAUAAGAAUCAAAUUAAGAAAAUUCCUCCUCCAGUUCCUGCUAAAACUUCAAAACUUAGAUCUUUUCGUAGUGAGGAAAAAUUGUUAGAUCAUGAUCAUUUCGGUGAUCUCAAAAGAUUUAGUAUUGCCUCACCACCUCCUAGACCUAUUUCUCUAAUAUUUUCUAAUAAGCAACAGCUUGGAUUCAGUAGUGGAAACUUGGGAAAGUGUGGUACUUUGGAAAAGCCUCCUCAAUCGCCUAAAAAUAAUUCGCAAAAACAGUCGGUGAGUGACCGAAAGAAAUUUUUUGAAACUGCAAUGGAAGAGAGUCAGAAAUCUACUAAACCAGAAAAAGUAUUCAGCUAUUUAAGUGCCGACGAACUAGAAAAGUUGAAAGCAGAAGAAGAGAAAAAAAUAGCUACAUUAUCAUCUUCGGAAAUAAACUACUCUCAUGAAUCGGAUCAUUCAGAUGGAGAGUCUGUUUUAUCACAUCGUUCAAGACCUUCUAGUACUAUUGGAAUAGUACGCACAGCGAAGGCUGAAAAACGACUCAAAGAAAUGAUGCGAGAAGAGGGACUACAAACUGAUGACGAUGACAACCCUUUGUCUCCUGCUGAAGAGAGGGCCCUACGUGCUGAGAAGAGAGCUGCUUGGCGUGCCGCAAGAUUGAAAUCUCUGGAGCAAGAUGCCAUUCAAGCUCAAAUGGUUAUAAAGAGUAUGACGGAUAUCGUUGGAGAAGGUGCACAUCAGACAAUAAAUGAAGUAUCCCAUAAGGAAGAGGCCACUACUAACCCUGUUGCAUGCCCUGUUCAGCUACGCCCCUCGAGUGCAGACUUCCCCAAGCUGGCAGUCAGAACAACUCCGGGCAACACGAUUGUUCGAGAAAGUGAAAAGGUGCUGGGGGAAACUAUAACUCGCCGAACUGAAGAAUAUGUCGAUGAAGCGGGAGAAAAACGAGUGCGAACAGUGGAGUACGUAGAGAAGCUGAUAGAGAGAGAGGUGGAACAAAUUCAAGAAAAAAUAAUUUCUCUAGAACUAACAAAACCGGAAGAUUUAAGGCUUGAUCUGACCGCCCACAGUCUUGUUUCAAAGGAAGAUGAUGAAGAAGAUGAAGAAAAUGUCUCCGAACCGCCAACUCCUACUACAGAUCACGAACAAAUUCUUGUCUCUUCAGAAGAAUCCGUUAAUAAUAAAAAGAAGCGAAAAAAGCGUUCCAAAAAAGGAAAACACUAAUUUGAAUUUUGAACCUCAUUGUUACAAAAGCGUUUGAUUAAAUUUUAUAUAUUUUCUAAAAGACUAGGACCAGACAAAAAUAUUCACCAAUACCAAUUGUAUGUAUAAUUUCUUUAUCCAAUAACAUCACAGUUGUUUCACCAGGGUGUAAGGUAUUCUAAAUAUAGGGUAAAAAAAUGUAUUAUCUGAUUUGUGUAACUAAAUUAUUGUUUUAUUGUACAAAAGUAUUCAAUUGUAGUUUUACAUAUUUUAUGUAUUUUUAUCAGUCACAUGUAUGUACUAUAAAUAUUUCCAAGGCUUUCUGUGCAUACCCAUUCCAUUUUUAUACAAUUGAUUGUUUUAUUGGGGUUUCGCAGAUUUUUAAAUGCAAUUGACAAUUUAAAAUAUGCUUUGGAUAGGUAUUUAUAUUUUUAAUAAAUGAAUACAUUAUU